CCAAACCUGUGUCCCCUCCUCUUUGCUGGCUGCUCCUCGUCCCUUCCUAGUUCCUAGGGCUUGCUUUUCUUCAUCCUUAUCCUUAUGUAACUUUCUACGUCUUCGGAUUAUCGAGAACAAUCACAGAACACGAAACCCAAACACCACCACAUCUCACAGAUCUCUCGCCAUUCUCCACACCCAGAAUUAUCAAUAUCACCAUGGCCCAUCCUCCACUCAAGGCCGUCACUCUCACCCACGUCCGGUACCAAAAGGGCGACCACUUAGGCCAUUUAUUAGCUUGGAUCUCGCUAGUCCCGGUCUUCAUAAGUUUAGGUGGAUUCAUUUGCCAUUUCUUCUUCCGUCGCGAACUCCAGGGCAUGUUCUUCGCUCUUGGCCUCAUCAUUUCCCAUUUCAUCAGCGACUUCAUCAAGACAUUGGUCCAGCAAGCCCGCCCCGAGACCUGCAUCUUUCUCGAGAUGUGCGAUUCGCACGGCUGGCCAUCCAGUCACUCUCAGUACAUGUUCUUCUUUGCCGUCUACUUUACUCUAUUGACCUUUAAAGGAAUUGGGUUAACCAAAGUUAAUCACAAGUGGGCGAGGUGUUUCCUGCCGUGGUUAUUGGCGGUUUUGACCAUGCAAUCGAGGGUGUACUUGGGAUACCAUACGGUGCCGCAGGUGUUUGCUGGUGCUACUUUGGGGAUUUUUCUUGGAGCAGCAUGGUUUUGGGUGGUGAAUUACAAGCUUUUUAAUUUUUUCCCUGUGAUUGAGGAGAGUAGGUUCGGGAGGAUGUUUUAUGUGAAAGAUACUUCGCAUAUACAAAAUGUGUUGGAAUUUGAGUAUGAUAAUGCAAGAAAAGCUAGAAAGGAGAUGGCUGCCAAGUCCAAUUGAUCGACUAAUAUUGCUCUUCUAGGUUGGUAACUUUUUCAUAGCUGCAUUUUCAGAUUCCAUUCACUCUCCAAUUGAUCGUAUGGAUGACAAGAUUCUUUAUUAAGCAAGUCUUGUUUAUAGUCUUGUUUAUAUCACUUCAUCUAGAAGACCAUAUGGGAAGCUAGCUGGAGGGAGUAGCAUUAAGGUUUAGAUUAUUUUAAGAAUAUUGAUUUGUCAUACUCGCAGGAUCUCUACAUUACUGAAAGAUGUCACAGAAAACAUAAAUCUCUUAGACAAUAAAUUUAGAAACUUUACUUCACGUUGAAGCUUGAAGUUUGUACCAAAAGAUCUCUUCUUUUUUGCUGUUUUCAACUCUUUAAAUUAAAUUAUAUCCAUUGAAUAUUAUUUCA